AUGAUCGGCCGUUUAGUCCGGCGAGAGGACUCGUCUGAUAGUUCUUCUUUCACCGUGACGAUCGAAUGUGGUCCUGAAAACGACUAUGAUGGCCGACUGGGACUUCGUAUAUCCGCCAUCUUCGUUAUUCUAGUCGGGUCUCUGUUAGGCACUCUCGUGCCCAUCCUUCUCGCCCGCACCCAGCGACUCCCCUUUCCCCGAACCGCGCUCUUCAUCGCCAAGUACUUUGGUUCUGGAGUCAUUAUCGCCACAGCUUUUAUUCAUCUACUUGCCCCAGCCGUAGAGGCCCUCGGCUCACCAUGUCUGGACGAGGACAGCCCGAUUACACAAUAUUCGUGGCCCGAGGGCAUCGCCCUCAUGACAGUCUUCUUGAUGUUUUUCAUCGAACUCAUUUCCAGCCGCUACGGCAUCCCGGGUUUCUCUCAGAGUUUGGAGCAGUCCGAUAAAGAGGGUGAUGUUGAACAAGAUGCCAAUACCACAGCUGUUGUGACCGAUCCCAAAGAAAGCGUUCCUGCCGCACACGAACACUUGGGCCACGCGCGGGAACAUACCGAAUUCGACUCGCUGGCGAUGCAAAUGACUGCCAUCUUCAUUCUCGAAUUUGGUGUCAUAUUCCACUCCAUAUUCAUCGGUCUGACUCUUGCCGUCUCUGGCGAUGAGUUUGUGGUGCUCUACAUCGUCCUGGUCUUCCACCAGACAUUUGAGGGCCUUGGUCUUGGGUCACGUUUGGCCGUUGCCCAUUGGCCACCUGGCAAAGGGUGGAUGCCUUAUCUCCUUGGAACCCUCUACGCCUUAUCAACACCCAUAGCCAUCGCUGCCGGCCUGGGUGUUCGCCAGAGCCUUGCCCCCGGAAGCUCUUCGACCCUGAUUGUCAACGGUGUAUUCGAUUCCAUCUCGGCCGGCAUCCUUCUCUAUACCGGCCUUGUCGAGCUCAUGGCCCACGAGUUUCUGUUUAGCACUGAGAUGCGUCGCGGCAGUAUUUCCGUCACCCUGGCCGCUUUCGCAUGCAUGUGCCUAGGCGCAGGUCUCAUGGCUUUACUGGGUAAAUGGGCAUGA